UCAAAUGAAUCCUUAAUCAGUUAAGGUUAGCGUGAAAUUCCAGUCCAGUGCGACAUGAGAAGUCAAGUUUACGUUCAAUUGCUCUUGAUUUUUUUGCAAUUUUUUACUCGAACGAAUUGUGCUUGCAAGCAAAACUGUCAGUAUCCAACGAGAAGACACGAUAUACAAUGGGAAAAACUUCGAGAUAAAACAUUUUAUCAAUCUAUGAAUGAUGGUGAUGGCGUAUCCUCCGACGUAGCUUGUGUGAAAGUACAUAACUUUACUAAAGUUGAAGAUGGUUUUAAAGCAACUUUGGAAAAGUAUUUAUUCAGGUCACCCGACAAGCCCGAUGUAGUACGCCUACACGCACAAAAAAUUAGACCAGGUUUUUACAUGCUUGAUAAAAAGACAGACUCAGCGAUGUCGCGUGAUAUUGUGAAUAAAGAUGGCGGAAUUAACGAGAAAGCUGUGCUAGAAGAUACUGUGGUGAUACAUUUUGAAGCUGAAUUCCAUGUGACUGAUUAUGAAAAUUACUUCAUUGUUGUUCGAUGCUCUAAAGAAGGUCGAUGGUACGUGCGACCCCACACUAGGAGCCCAGUCCCUACGACAGAAGAUGUUCUUCGCAUCUGGAGAGCUUUAUACAAAAGUGGAAUAUAUCAACCCCUUUUCGUGUCACAUUGUUCCGAAGUCUUAUAGUAUAAACUUUAAUUUAAAAUUGAAUAAAUAAAUUGAAACCGAAUUACAUGUACUGGACUGAAAUGACAACGCUAUUUUACA